AUGGUCAAUGUUCUGGGAGAGGCGGGUAAGAUAGCUUAGCAUAUCCUGCAAUAUACGGAACAAAAUACACAGCCCUCAACACACAAUACACCCAUAUUUUCAGCUCUCUACCCAACGCCGGAGCCGGCGCAAGAGAUCGAAGCCGAGCCGACGGUAGGUCCCAUAAAACUUGAUCUUUACACCCCUUCAGACAUGCUGCGGGAUCCUUUUUACUUGGCCAAAAUCGACGUUGUUGACGUAUGUGUACGAAAUCGGCGAGCGAUUUGUUUUCUAUGGGCUAAAAGGUCGGUAAAAACGUAAUAUUUGAAUGUAAAUGUACGUCCGAAAAUUCCAGCAACUCUGCUCAUCUACCUCAUGAAGAAUAUUGGGUUUGACCCGUCGACUUCGGGCCUAAUUUUUACGGUAUUCAUGGCGUUCAGUUACAUUCUCCCGUUUCUGGGAGGGUUUCUGGCGGACGGCGUGUUUGGCCGCUUCUUUUCGUUGUUCUGGUUCUCAAUUGUAUACCUCAGCGGGCUCUUGUUCCUAACGGUUUCAUCGAUUUUCCCGCUCGGACAUCCGCUGCAUCCGUAAGUGGGGGGAUUUGAUUUUUUUUUAAAAAAUUUCAAGGACAGUAGGGCGAAAGGAAACUCAAAAAAUAAUGAAGCCUCUGUACUAUGAAACCCGUAUAUAGUGAAUAAUUCGAAGCUCCCAAAAGUUAGUUUGGCGCUACAACUUUUUUUGGGUCUAUGAUACUUUAGGUCGCCUCAAUUCGUCGUUGAAUGCAUGGCGAAGGCUAGGAGAAGGCUUAUUGUUAGUUAAUACAGGAGGUGAAAAUAUUAUAUAUAUUUUUUGCGAUUGCGAAGUUGAAAUUUCGACUUUUGAAGUCGCCGCCCUCCAAACUUACAAAUAGUCGGUUUUGUGAAGUUUUCUUUAUUGCAAUGGCGGCAACCGAGCUCUGAAGGAAGGUAAUGGCCAUAUGUAGAUUUCCACCUUCCUGGCAUAUCUUGGCAAAAAAAUUUGGAAACAUCUUUCAAUGACCAAUAUACCACCUAUAACACGGUGCAAAAGGCAGCAAAUUAUUUUGCCAAAAUGUCUCCAGCGAUUUUACUAAAAGACUUGUACAGUGAUAGGCCUGAUCCAGUGGCAAAAAACAUACCAUUUUGUAUCCGGGAAGUAUAAAAAAUGCAGCAAAAUGCCUCCCUCCCCAAGUGGAAAAAAGUCCGUUUUGAAGAGCGCGCGCUUUCCGUCACAAAAAGAGCAAGCGCGUUUUUGAAAUGGGAGUUUUUUUUCACUUGGAGAUGGAGGUAUUUUGCUGCGUUUUUGAUGCUUCCUGGAUGCAAAAUGCUACGUUCUUUUCCGCUGGAUCCGGUACGCCACUGUACAAAUGUCAAGAUUGAUCAUUUCAUAGGCUAAUUUACCACUUUUUUUGAGGUAUUUAACAUGUGCUCACAUCAAUAAUGUCUAGAUAAAAGUUAAGGAUCUAUGUUUUUUGCCGGAAAUUUUGGUAUUUUCUAUGUUACUAUAGCUCAGGGUCAAGAAAAAAAAGCUUAGCAAUAGCUAAAAUUAGAAAAAGUGGCAGUGUUGUAAGUCUUUGCCAGGACGUCGCGACACUUGCGGGCAACCACUUUGCGGGCAACCAGUUUGCGGGCAAAUUUUUUGCGGGCAACCACUUUGCGGGCAAAAUUUGGGGGGUCACAUUUGCGGGCAGCUGAGACACUUGCGGGCAGCCUGGGACACUUGCGGGCAACCGACACUUGCGGGCAGCCGACAUUUGCGGGCAACCGACACUUGCGGGCAGCCGACAUUUGCGGGCAACCGACACUUGCGGGCAGCCGACAUUUGCGGGCAACCGACACUUGCGGGCAGCCGACAUUUGCGGGCAACCGGCACCUGAGGGUUACAGGGUAGAGGUGGAAAUAUUACAGCGAUAUUUUGGAAAUUUGCCGACAUUUGCGGGCAGCCGACAUUUGCGGGCAACAGGAAAAAACAAUCACACAGACUGUAUAGCAACUUUUGGAACUGUUGCCCGCAAAUGUCGGUUUCCCGCAAGUAUUGCCUGCCCGCAAAUGUCGGAAAACUUCCAAAAUAUCGAAGUAAUUUUUCCACCUCCACCUUGUUAUCCUCAAAUGCCGGUUGCCCGCAAAUGUCGGCUGCCCGCAAAUGUCGGCAAAUUUCCAAAAUAUCAUAGUCAUUUUUCACGCCACCCUGUUACCCUCACAAUCAGGUGUCGGUUGCCCGCAAAUGUCGGCUGCCCGCAAAUCUUCCAGGCUGCCCGCAACUGUCGACCCUGCCCGCAAAUGUCCCAGGCUGCCCGCAAAUGCCGGUGCUGGCCGCAAAUGUCGGCUGCCCGCAAAGUGGCUGCCCGCAAAAAGUUUGCCCGCAAACUGGUUGCCCGCAAAGUGGUUGCCCGCAAGUGUGCGCCCGCCUUUGCCAGGUCUCCGCCAAGCCUUCGCCAAACCUUCCAUGUGCAUAUUACGGCUUUGCCAGGCCUCGUAGGUACCUCCAACAACUUUUUUCGGUCUCCGCCACUCCUACAACUUCUAAUUUUUCUCACCAAAGCUCGCAUUUCCAGCUGGCUAGACCUCUUCGGCAUUGUGGUCGUCGUAUUUGGAGUUGGCGUCACCAAGCCCGCAUUGCCGGUGAUCGGGGCGGAUCAGCUGAAACCCCAUCACUUGUCGAUGAUUUCCAUUUAUUUCGCGCUCUACUAUCUCUGCAUUCAAAUCGGUGGGAUUUUGGGGACAAUUUUUGUGCCCACUUUGACUCAAAUGCCUUGCAUGGGGCAGGGAAGCUGUUUUCCGGUUGGAUUUGGCGUCUCGUUUGUGGUGAUGCUGGGCACAGUGAUCGCGUUCUCGGUGGGAGCCUGCCUGUACAAGCCCAAUCCGCCGGUUCCGGGGGUGUUUGGCAAGAUCGUCAAUACGAUAAAGGUAAUGGAUUUGAUGAUUUUUUUGAUUUUUUGACAGUAAGGUGAUGAAAAAAAGCUUUUUCAUACAUUUAUGUACAAGAAAAAUCUUUGAAGUGCGACGCUUAGGUUUGCUUUAAGUUUUUAGCAAUUUUUAUUAUUUGUCUCCUAGGCUGUAUAGGCCACUUGUCAGCCCCUGAAAAAAUCUAUAAUUUUGGCUUGUGUUUUGCAACGGCAGCUAAGUUAUUGAACGAAAGAAAACGCAAAAAAUGCGAUUUGGGAAGAUUACUGCCAAUUCUGAAAAAACUGAUUUUUUCGUAAAAACAUUGCCAUCUGCAGUGGCGGAAAGUUAAUUUUCAAAACAAAAAAAUCAAAACGUACCAAUUUGCAUCCAGGAAGUACCAAAAAAAUGUUGCGAAAUACCUCCUUCUUUGCCUAAAAAAAAAACUCGUUUUGAAUGGCGCGCCCUCACAAAAAGAACGAGGGCGCUUUUGGGGUUUUUCACUUGGAUAGGGAGAUAUUUUGCUGCAUUUUCCAUACUUUCCGGAUCCAAAAUGUAUAGUACGUUUUUCCCAUCGGAUGAGCUUUUGUAUGGCAGAAAGCUAGAAUUUUUUAUGACAUUAAUUUUCAAAAAAAAUCUCGGUUGUUACUGCAAGCCUCGAGUCUCGCUUAUAUUUAUACAGUGGGGGACCAGAUCCAGUGGCAAAAAACGUACCAAUUUGCAUCCAGGAAGUAUCAAAAAUGUGGCAAAAUACCUCCCUCUCCAAGUGAAAAAACUCAGAUUUCAAAAACGCGCGCGCUCUUUUUGAGAGGAAACAGGGGCGCGCCCGAAGUUUUUUCACUUGGAGAGGGAGGCAUUCUGCCACAUUUUUGAUACUUCCAGGAUGCAAAAUGGUACGUUUUUUGCCACUGGUUCAGGUCCCCAACGAUCCGAAUCUGCCCAAGUUUCAUUCAAAUCUAAGCGUCGCACUUAGAUCACUUCCCUUGUGAAUUGAAUUCUCCAAGUUUUUUUACUUCCCCUUGUAAAUCGAAUUCUCAAACUUUCAACACGAACUACAACAUAAAUUCUUUUUCAGAUUGCCCUCUACGUCAAGUUCAAAGGGAUCGGAACGACUCGAGAGCAUUGGCUUGACUACUACCUCAACAUCCACGACUGCUCCAAGCAUCUGGAAUGUAUUCAAGCGGCGAAGAAUCGGGCGCCUGGAUCACCGCCGAACUGCCCGCAGGCCAAGUUCAUCGACGAUGUGCGCAAUUUCUUCGGGCUGCAGGGUAUUUUGGGCCCAACCGUCUUGUUCUGGGCUUUUUAUGAACAGCAGGUAAUGAUAAUAAAAGAAUUCGGGUGUUUGCGACUUUUUUAAUUAUUAAUCUGUCGGGAAAAUAAUGAGCCCAAUUUCGCUGCGCCAAUAGCGUCGCUGAAGUGAAAAGCAAUUUAAUUUUGCCUCGGUGCAAUUUAUUUUUUAUGCGAUUUUCGAUGCGACAGAGUGCUCAUUAUUUUCCCGACAGACUGAUAUUAUAAAGGUUUUACUGUAUUUUUUUACUUUGCAAAAAAAAUUAAAGUUCAUAUAACAUCGCUGACUGUAAUUUUCAGUCGGCUCGAUGGCUAGUUCAAGCCCGUCAAAUGGAUGCUCAACUUUCCCCCACCUUCUUCCUACUACCUCAACAUAUGCCGAUUUUCUUUGGCCUACUCCUCAUUGUGUUCAUUCCACUGUUUCAAUUUCUCAUCUAUCCUUUUCUCACUACCUGUGGGAUCAGAUUAACGUGAGUUUUGAUCUUUAAAGGACCACAAAAGGUAUUUUUUUGAACCGAAAUUUCAUCGGCUAAAAAAAAUUAAAAAUCAGGGAUUUACGCGUCGAGAAAAUUCCGAAGAAUAAAUGUUGUCUUUUUUCGGAUAAGAAGAUUUUCCGAGUUUUUGUUCUAACCUGCAGGGAUUCUUGGACAUUGGCCUUGAUUUAUGACUAAUGCUCGGCAUUUAGGUACCUCAAAAGGAUGAUAAUUGGAGGGCUCUUCGCGGUGAUGGCAUUUGUCCUGGCUGGAAUCAUCCAAAUGGGCCUGAAUGUAAGAAGUUUAACCCUUUCCGGACGAGUCGGCACCUCCAUGCAGAAAUGAAAGAGGGUACCCUACUGAGUAACGGCAUAAUAGUGGUUCAGCCCAUCGAAGCGUUAUUUGGGACUUAUGACAAAAAAUGUCCUAAAAAGUACCCCCAGUUGACAUAACCCUUAUAAAAUUUUGCUAACGACCUGUAAAUUAGAAACUACCCCUAAGUUAAAGUCUAAGACUCCUACUACUGUUACAUCCAAGAACUGUCCAAAUCGGACCACUACAGGAUUAGUUAUCGACUUUUGGAAAUUGAAUUUUAAAUUUCGACCAAUUUUUGGCCCAAAAUUGAGUAUAUCUUCCGCCGGAAUCAACCAUUUCGGUCCAAAUGUGGUUUUUCUGAAUCUACAUUGACGCUAGCUUCUUCCUAGAAUGUUUCCAGAAAAAACCUAUAGAGCACUUUUCUGUAAAAAGCGAAAAAGUUGAAAACGUAAAGGUUUCACCGUAUAAAAUGUCGCCGCAAGCCGCGAAGGGUCGGGCGCAGCUCGAAAGGCUAAAAUAAUAUUUUUUCUUGGAAAAAUAUUAUUUUAGUGUCGACAAGCUGAAUUCAGAUGAAAUACAGACAGACAGAGCACGCAAACAUUAACUCAAUGUCAUUUUAAUAUUUUUAAUGCGUUUUCAGGCAAUUUCAUUGGAUUUUGCUUUAGUUUCGCACUAAAAUAGUAUUUCUCAAAAAAAUAUAUAUUAUUUUCGCCUUUCGAGCUGCGCCCGACCCUUCUCGGCUUGCGGCGACAUUUUAUACGGUGAAACCUUUACGCUUUCAACCUUUUCGCUUUUUACAGAAACGUGCCCUAUAGGUUUUUUCUGGAAACAUUCUGGGAAGAAGCUAGCGUCACUCUAGAUUCAGAAAAACCACAUUUAGACUGAAAUGGUUGAUUCCGGCGGAAGAUAUACUCAAUUUUGGGCCAAAAAUUGGUCGAAAUUUAAAAUUCAAUUUCCAAAAGUCGAUAACUAAUCCUGUAAUGGUCCGAUUUGGACAGUUCUUGGAUGUAACAGUAGUAGGGGUCUUAGACUUUAACUUAGGGGUAGUUUCUAAUUUACAGGUCGUUAGCAAAAUUUUAUAAGGGUUAUGUCAACUGGGGGUACUUUUUAGGACAUUUUUUGUCAUAAGUCCCAAAUAACGCUUCGAUGGGCUGAACCACUAUUAUGCCGUUACUCAGUAGGGUACCCUCUUUCAUUUCUGCAUGGAGGUGCCGACUCGUCCGGAAAGGGUUAACAAUUUUUUGGGAUAGGAAAGUUUUUAAAAUACGAUGUUAAAAAUGUUUGUGAAAUAUUUAAACUUUUGAUUUCAGCAAACCAUGCCAACAAUACCAUCAGCGGGACAAGCGUCCUUAUCCGUCGUAAACGCCUUUCCGAAGGGUUGCAGGCUUGUGGUGGCUGACGUUCCCGGCUAUGUUACACCGGCUGUUAUUCCCGGCGGACUGGUGAGUGCAUUGACGAAGGGAGCACUCCAAAUUUUACGCUCAGAUUUUAUCAAAAAUUGGCACAAGUUUAGAACAAUUUUUUCUAAAAUAAUAAACGCAAGUCUCCUAGCCAGCGCUCCGCAGAAACGACUGGGACUUUUAGAACGAACGCGGGAAAAUACCAUGUGAGAUUUUUUUGCAAAUUUUGGCAUGGAAAUUUUGUACUGGUUUCUACUGCAUAGCGUAAUGUCUCCACAAAAAAAACUGCUUUUUUCUGCGCAAAACUGGAAAAGAUAUUGAAAAAGUGUUUUCUCUUCGGUCGCUCUACGCUCAUCCUUGAAUAUCUCGGCUGUCUCUGAAAACCGCGAGCCAAGACUUUCAGGUAUUAAUAUGUCGGUUAUCUCUGACAUGUGUGCAAGGUUUAACAAAAAUCCGGGUGUCCUACUUUGCGCACAUUUCCGAUCAGGCAAGCCUGUCCGUUAUCAGAACGCCUACCGGAAGUUCGAAAAACCCCAAGUUCGACAACCAAAAGUUCGAAUGCCGCAAGUUCGAAUGCCGCAAGUUCGAAUACUGGAAGUUCGAAAAACCUCAAAUUAGAAAAACUAAAAGAUCGAAAACCGGAAGUUCGAAAUAUGAAAAUAUAAAAAAUGCAUUCGAACUUGCGGCAUUCGAACUUUUGGUUUUCGAACUUGGGGUUUUUCGAACUUGCGGUAGGCGUUCCCGACAAAGGAGACCCACCGCAAGUUCGAAUCCGCAAGUUCGAAUGCCUAAAGUUCGAAUGACUAAAGUUCGAACGACCUCCAGUUGUUAUGAAGAAAGCAAAAUCCACCACACAAAGCCACGAAUCCCGAGAAAGACACAGUUGGAUUGGCGCCAUGACGAAUCUUGAUCAGGUCGACAUGAAGAACAGCGCGUUCGUUGUCGGUCAAAGUGUUAGGACAACCAACCUCCAUCGUAGAGGAUGAAUGAAUGAUUGAAGAGGAAGUGUAUUUUGCAAAAUGCAAAUUAUAAUUUAAAUAGUAAUUAACUUUUUUUUUAUUUUCGAACUUUAGUCAUUCGAACUUUAGGUUAUUCAAAGUUACGGUCAUUCGAACAUUAGGUAGUUCGAACUGGAGGUCGUUCGAACUUUAGUCAUUCGAACUUUAGGCAUUCGAACUUGCGGAUUCGAACUUGCGGUGUGUCUCCCCGUUGUCAGUCUGUCGGGAAAAUAAUGGCGGGUCGACGGAGCAAAGCGUGUCUCCUCGCCGAAAAAAAGGGUGGAGGCGUUCACCAAAGUUUCAGUCGUCGCAGAGCGGUGUGCGAUUUCAAGGCGCGACAAUCCGCCAUUUUUCCAGACAGAUCAAUGUAUUGUUGUAUGUGGGUCUCGGGAUUGCUUGACAAAUCCCUUGGCCUGAUCAAUGUCUCAUUUUUUAAAGUUCACGGCGAAAUUUUGAGGCCGACCCAUGGCCCGUGUUGGUCUACGCGUUGCCCAAAAAGCCUCCCCUCCCUCCCUGUGGUUGUAAUACAUAAUCACUGCUUGAUCAGCCACCUUUAACAACACUAACUUCCAGGGCCUCACCGACAAUCCUCUAGCGGCUCGCCAAGAGACUUACCAAGUCUCGGUUGAGGCUUCGAGUCGGGUGAAUCCAGGCAUUCAAAUGAAUGGCUCGUGUUCGGGGCGCGGGUUCGUCCGUUAUCCAAUGGAUUUAGCGUCCGGCGAGAAUCGAGUCAUCGUCGUUUUGCCUCAGGGAAUCUUCUCGCAGUCCGUCUCGACGGCGAAACCAACGGAAGGCCUGAUUUCGAGUGGAAUAAGGUUUGUAACAUACGGGUUUAUAAGAGAAUUUAAAUUUUUUUUAAAGGCAAAUUUUAUGGCCAUCUCAUUUCAGUAUAAAUUUCCUCAUUCCAUGCAAGUUUUUGCCGACGGAAUUCAAGAACAGCGAAGUUUGUACGAAGCUGGCUACCGGCCUGAACACGUUGACUCCGUACACCGGCCCCUUGGCGGUGUGUCGGACAAAUCCCAACGCUUCGGCGCCGUGCAAUCCUGCAGAUCCGACGUAAGCUUUCGUCGACGUUUUUUUCAAUUAUCAGCUACGUGGUCUUCCGAAUUUUAGCAAGAAUUUAUUGAGGUUAGCAAAACGUCUUCAGUGGCGGACCUGACCCAGUGGCAAAAAGGUAUCAUUUUGCAUUCGGGAAGCAUAAAAAAGGUGGCAAAAUACCUCCCUCCCAAAUUGAAAAAACUCCGAUUUCAAAAGCGCGCCAGCUAUUUUUGUGAAGGAAAGAUGGCGCCCUCCAAAACGGAGUUUUUCACUUGGAAAAGGAGGUAUUUUGCUACAUUUUUUGAUACCUCCCUGAUGCAAAACGGUACGUUUUUGCCACUGGAUCAGGUCCGUCAUGGAAUAUACCGAAAAACACUAAACAAAUUUCUAUAGAAAAGUGUCGUAUUUUACAAGGAAAGUGUACGAAGUGCGGUUGUAAAAAUUUUGCCCACAUUUCUUAUGCCGUAUAAAAAUGUUGGAAAAUUUUUACUCUAUAAGUGCUGCGGAUAUACAAAUAACCACCUAUCACCUGUCGGGAAAAUAAUGUGGAUUUGUCGAAGGAAUUUGCUUUGCCUCGCCGCAGUCGAAUCUCCAGCCGCGGCUAGCCGUGGCAACGCGGUGAAACACCAUACUUUUCUACCACUCCAAGCCAUGACAAAUCCAUAUUACUUUCCCGACAGGCCGAUAGAACUGCAGAUAUUACUACGCUUACAAAUUGACUUCAUUUCCUCAAAUUUUCAGCGGUUUCUUCCAAUGGAACGCGCCCUCCUCUCAAGUCCCGUUAAAGGCAUUCCCACCGGUGGGUGAUAAGCCUCAGGGCAAGGCGACUCUUUCCCACUACUCUGGCGGAACCAUCGGCCCUGGGCCGUUCUCCGUCUACUAUGUGAAGCCGGGCGCAAAACCCACGGAUCCGGCGCAAUAUACGGCCGUGGAGAACUCGGACUUCCUGAUCAACGGCAUGGGCGGCGUCUACAUGCUGACAAUUGGACUGGCGGACAGUGUGCUUGUUGAUGAGGCUGUGGUAAGCAAGAGGUUGUGAGCGAGUGUAUUAAAGUGUGUUAUUUUAGAGUAAUGUCCAAGCAUUUCACACUCUAUCCCCUCCAAAUUACAUGAGUAUUGUGUGGCAAAUCCCACAGUAUGUGUUGAUGGCUGUGGCGGAAAUCAUGUUUGCGAUUACCGGCCUGGAAUUUGUUUAUACACAGGUGAGGACUUGCUAUUUAAUAUGGGAGCUAUUUAUACGGUAGCGGUAGACUAAUCACUGAGAUUUUUAAGUCAGCACCUCCACUAAAAGCCUUCUCGAUGGCUUUCUGGAUGGCCAACAUUGGACUGGGCGAUUUCAUCGGCAUGUUUAUUCAAAUGCACAACCCCUUUGUGAAUAUGGUAAGUUUUCUUUGGUGACCAGCCACUAUUUUUCCGACAUGCUGAUAAUAUUACUAUGGACCUCAACUUGGGGCCACUGCGCUAACUGAAAAUCUGGCUAAAAGUCGGCUGAAAAUGGUAGGGCGCAGUUCGGGAAACAAGCUUUCGCAGCUCUCCGGAGCUAAGUUUCAGCUUGUUUUUGAGCUGCGCUCAAGACGCGAGCUGCGCCAGUGCAAGUUUUCCGAGCUGCGCCCUACCAUUUUCAGCUAACCUUUAAGCCAACCUUAAGCCAAGUUUAAGUUAGCGCAUUGGCCUCUGGUCGAGCAAGAUGGCCAUAUUUUACUUCUUCUCCCUUUAAAAACUCAAAUCAACCUUUCAGGCCUAUGAAUUCUUCGCAUUCGCCUUGGCCAUCUUCCUAAUCAUCCUGUUGAUGACUUUCAUGUCCCUCUCCUACCCCUAUGCCAACUAUACGGGGAUUGAGGAGGAAACCGAGCCCUUGAUCGCGGUCCCACCCGAGCUCGGCGUCGACAACGAAGGCUUUGUGAACACCUUGGUCACGCGGCUAUAA